CUGCCAGCAUCGCAGCACGGGCUCAUCGUCUGGCAACAGUGAAUCCUCCCUUCUCCCUUCCUACCUGCGCCGGAAAACGCGAGAUCAAGAUAAAAUUAAAACACAUCAUUAAAAAAAAAAAAAAAAAAAGGUUUUUUUUUAACAGCGGGGCUGGCAGGAGAAAAUCGUGCAGGAGGGGCCAGGUGCGCAGGGCCGCCUCUCCGCCGGCGGCGGGAGGUGCAUGAGGAGCUCGGCCGGGCGCCGCCGCCAUGGAGCACAUCCGGAUGCCCAAGGUGGAAAAUGUUCGGUUACUUGAUCGUUUAUCUUCAAGGAAAGCUGUUCUGGGAACCUUGUAUUUAACAGCUACCCAUGUCAUAUUUGUGGAGAAUGGUUCUGAAACCCGUAAAGAAACCUGGGUUCUCCACAGCCAAAUUUCCUCUAUUGAGAAGCAGGCCACCACUGCCACUGGUUGCCCAUUGCUGAUCCGCUGCAAGAACUUCCAGGUCAUCCAGCUGGUCAUCCCUCAGGAACGAGACUGCCAUGAUGUUUACAUAUCUCUGAUACGUCUGGCACGGCCAGUGAAGUAUGAAGAGCUGUAUUGCUUCUCAUUCAAUCCAAAAUUAGAUAAAGAAGAACGAGAACAAGGCUGGAAGCUUGUGGACCUCAAUCUAGAAUAUAAUCGGAUGGGUGUUCCAAACAACUAUUGGCAGAUUUGUGACGUAAACAGAGACUACGGAGUCUGUGACUCCUAUCCUACGGAAGUGUAUGUACCAAAAUCUGCAACUGCGCACAUCAUAGUGGGGAGUUCUAAAUUUCGAAGCCGGAGGCGUUUCCCUGCUCUUUCCUACUACUACAAGGAUAACAAUGCCUCCAUAUGUAGAAGCAGCCAGCCUUUAUCUGGCUUUAGUGCUCGGUGCCUUGAGGACGAACAGAUGCUCCAGGCCAUUAGAAAAGCAAAUCCAGGAAGUGAUUUCAUAUACGUUGUUGACACUCGGCCCAAACUCAAUGCAAUGGCAAACAGAGCAGCAGGGAAGGGAUAUGAAAAUGAAGACAACUACUCCAACAUCAAGUUUCAAUUCAUAGGCAUUGAGAACGUCCAUGUCAUGAGAAAUAGUCUGCAGAAAAUGCUUGAAGUUUGUGAGCUGAAAUCACCUUCAAUGAGCGACUUUCUGUGGGGCCUGGAAAAUUCUGGCUGGCUGAAGCAUAUCAAAGCCAUUAUGGAUGCUGGCAUUUUUAUUGCAAAGGCUGUGGCUGAGGAAGGUGUGAGUGUGCUUGUUCACUGCUCUGAUGGCUGGGAUAGGACAGCCCAGGUUUGCUCUGUAGCAAGCCUUCUAUUGGAUCCAUAUUACAGAACUAUGAAGGGAUUCAUGGUGUUAAUUGAAAAAGACUGGGUUUCCUUUGGUCACAAAUUUAACCACAGGUAUGGCAAUUUAGAUGGUGAUCCAAAGGAGAUAUCACCUGUUAUUGACCAGUUCAUUGAAUGUGUUUGGCAAUUAAUGGAACAGUUUCCUUGUGCCUUUGAAUUCAAUGAGAGAUUCCUCAUCCACAUACAGCAUCACAUCUAUUCUUGCCAGUUUGGGAAUUUCCUGUGUAACAGCCAGAAGGAGAGACGAGAGCUGAAAAUCCAAGAACGAACAUACUCAUUAUGGGCUCACUUGUGGAAAAAUCGUGCUGAUUACCUGAAUCCUUUAUACAGGUCAGACCACAGUCAAAACCAAGGGACGCUGCACCCACAGAUAGCUCCAUGCAACUUCUUGUACAAGUUCUGGAGUGGUAUGUACAACCGCUUUGAAAAGGCGCUGCAUCCUCGACAGUCAGUUACUGAUUAUCUGAUGGCAGUGAAGGAAGAAACUCAGCAACUGGAAGAAGAGCUGGAGAUCUUAGGAGAGCGAUUGGCGAAUCUUCAGAAAUCACAAUUAGGUGAUAAUAAAGUCCAGAGUAAGCAACAAGACCGAAGCAAACAGUUAAGGCUGUCUACUUCCAACAACAGCUUAGCUAACACUCCCCAGGAGUACAGCAACGAUCUGAAGUCAUUCCCAUCCCGGAGUCCUUCACAAGGGGAUGAAGAAGAUUCUGCCCUGAUUUUGACACAGGACAACCUGAAAAGUUCUGAUCCUGACCUCUCAGCCAACAGUGAUCAGGAGUCUGGUGUGGAGGACUUAAGCUGUAGGUCCCCAAGUGGGGGUGGCUGCUUGCCUAGCGAAGACAGCGGCAAGGACUCUGAUGAGGCUGUAUUUCUGGCAGGCUGAAACACCUUCACGGCAGCAAGGAUCCAGACGAAGUUGAGUCUUACACAGUCUGGAAUGACAUCUUUUCAUCAGAUGAAGAAUGGAAGUGGUCUGUAGCCUAAAGAAAUAAUCCAAAGAAAGGGAACUGUGCAAUUGUGUAAGUAAAGAUCUAAGCAGAACAAGCUCUUAUUAAGACAUAGUGCUAAAAAAGGUAAUAUCUGCUGUUAUAUUUAGUUAAGCUAAUGUGAUACUUGUUUUAUCAGUGCUGUACAUAAUUAUUCCUUACUUUGUACAUUUCCAUAACUAUUUAUUGUACAAGAUAAUAGUUCUUCUCCAAAGAUGUGAAAUUCCAAAGUACUCUCUUACAGAAGGCUGAAGAUGCAUUAGUGUUAGCCUUACUGGUGAAGCAGUCAAAACUUAUUUUUGUAGAUCUCUUCGGCCUUCAGACAUAUAUUCUUCACUGCUUGUUUUUUUUUUUUUUUCACUAGAGGUGUUAAAUUUUGAAAUCAGACAAUUAUUUUGCAUAUCCUCCUACUAGAAUUCUUUACAGCAAAAUAACAAAUGGACAUGCUGGGUAAGGGAACAAAUGGAGCUUUGAUCCUGAUUAAAAAAAUCCUUUAGUAAGCAGUUUCUGCUGCUGCAUCCCAUUUGUACUUGGUCCUCAAGCAGUGUUGAAAAUUCAGUAGUUUCUGUGACCAAAACUUCAAAGGAAUAUAACAAUAUUCACACAGCCUUUGUGCUAAAGCAUCCCUUUAUAACGAAAGGUACAUUAGGCAGUUUACUCUAGCCUCUUUAUGUUUUGUUCUCAAGUUUUUUUCUAUCUUACUUUUCUUUCAAACCACCUACCUAAAAUUUUAAAGGUAGUGAAAUCACAAAUUCUCCAGCCUAUUCUGAUUCCUACUUGAAAAUGUUUUAUUUGAGUGGAAGUGAGCUACAUAUACAGUGCAGAGGAAAGAGAAUGUAAAAUCACUUAAAAAAAUCACUUAUGAAAGCAUCGCUCUGAAUUCGUAAGUAAAGGAAGGUUAUGCCCAUAAAGGAACUGUUAUAAAGAAUAUUCCUUCCAAAUUCUGUUGUUCAAAAUAAACUAACCACUAGCAAUCAGUUUUUCUGUCUUCAUACAAAAUUUCCCUUUUACUAUUUGCCAAACUGAAGAGCAUGGUAAUGCUAAUUUAAGAAAAGAACUGACUCAGCAUUUACCAGAAAGUUUAAUCUUGUUAUCAUAUUUUAAAGAAUGUAUAGGAGUAAUAGUUUUCAUAAUCAUCGGUACAGAAGUAAACAACUGAAAAAUGUUUAAAAUUUGGAAUGUCUUGAAACUCACUAAAAAGGUGGCCAAAUUAGACUGCAAUUCUUCCAGGUUUCUUUUUUAUUUAUAUUAAGUAUUAGUUAAAGCAAGCAGUUAAAAAUAUAGUUCACAUGGCUGCUCUUACCUGCUUGGAGACAAUGUGGUAUUGAACUCUAGUAGUCAGGUGGUAGUAAUGAAAGUUUACUUUGCAUUUCACAUUACUCCUUCAAAUACAGACUUACAGACAGAGAUAUAUUACAUGAAUAUGCCUCAAUUUAGAAUUGCUAGAUUUUAUUACAUUUAUGGAAUGGGUUUCAUUCUGUGAACUUACAUUAUUAAAAGUGAGUAUGUAAACUUCAGUAUUAUUAAUAUCCUCCUAAGGGAGCUGCUGUCUUUGAACAAAUAAUUCCUAACAGCAAAGUUUAUCUUAUAGUGGAAAGGGCAGAUCCUCAGUUUGAUAAAUCCCUAUAGCUCAAUUCAAAUAAAUACAACUCUAAGGUAUACUCUGUUGAGAAUCUAGCCUUCUGUUUUUAAUCUUUAUGAAUUUUUAAUAAAUGAAAUCCCAGAUUUUAAUUGCACUUUUAAAAAUGUUUUGUAUUUUGAGCAUAGCCUGUAAAAUUUAUGUUAUUAGAGACUUUGAAUGCAUUUUCUCAAACUAAAGAAAUAUGCUGCAAAUUCAGCAACAAAAACAAAACACACGAAUAUUCUACCUAAAAAUGAGCUUGAAAAUGGGCAAUGUUACUGCAUAUCUUUAAGAGAUAAAAUUAUAUAUGACAUUGUGUUCUAUUAGACAUGUCUAGAAAUAAAUGCAGAACAGUAAGAUACGCAAAUUCAAAGCACUGUCUUUGUUUAGCUUAUGCAACUCCUUGUAACUAGCUUUACAACUAAAAUAUUCUUAUUAACAUUUUCUUUAUUAAGCCUUCACUUAGCAGCCCUCUGUGAUGUGUCUUUCAGCCUCUGAAAUUUUGCAUUAGCUACUACUGUUUUCACUGUACUGCAUGUAUUUGUGGCAUUAUCAGGCUAAUGAGAAACACUUUCAAAUAAACACUUAGGUGUAAUUUAAUUUUAUUUCA